AUGGAAUCAUUUGAAUUUCUAAGUAUAUUUGAUAUUUUCUAUUUAUUUGAUAAGUUAAAUAAUCGUUUUAAUCAACUUAUUCGAGCUAUUCCAUUACAUUUGAACUUUAAACUUGCUCGACAAUCAACCUUUGAUCGAUUAUGUCAACUUCUAUUGCUUAACUCUGAAGUAAAAAAACAAGUUUAUUCGUUAGUAUUAUCAAAUAGAAAAACAUGUCAUCAAAUCGAAACAUUUCUUUCACAUUUUUCACUGGACCAAUUUUCUCAUCUUCAUUCAUUAACAUUGAUUCAAGUUGGAGACUAUACUUUAUCAAAAUUACAUUUAAUACCACAAUUAUACUCUUUUCAUUUAAUUGAUUCUAAUGAUAUUAAUCUAACUUAUCCGUUAACAUCUAACCUAAGAAUAUUAUCGAUACCAACAUUACGAUCGAUCGAAACAUUUUUUAGUCAAAUUUCAUCCAUUACAAAUAUGACAAUAUCGGCAUGUUCGCUUGGCCAAGUACUUCAACAAUUAUUUAAAUACGCACCAAUGUUAGCCUAG